CCGGCGCAUGCGCGCUCCGCGCUGUCUUUUCCCGGCCAGAGCAGCAGCGGCGGCGGCGGCGUUUGAGUGGAGGAAGAUGGCUGCUCCGACCGGCUCGGUAUCCCGCCAGCUGUGAGGUGCCCCCUAGUGCGGCGGGCGCGGCCUGGGGCGGAGCACUUCUGCUCCAGUCUUAUCCCCGGCUCCCUCACCGCCUUCGCCAGCGGAGCGUACCCGAGAGCGUGGCGCGGGCUGGGCCAGGUGUCAAGUGGAAUGUCAUGGCCAGCUCCUCAGACAGUGAAGAUGACAGUUUCAUGGCUGUGGACCAAGAAGAAACUGUGCUGGAAGGGACAAUGGAGCAAGAUGAGGAGCCCCACCCAGUACUGGAGGUUGAGGAGACUAGACAUAAUAGGUCCAUGUCUGAACUGCCAGAAGAGGUUUUGGAGUAUAUCCUGUCGUUUCUUUCCCCAUACCAAGAACACAAAACUGCAGCCCUUGUCUGCAAACAGUGGUAUCGACUUAUUAAAGGUGUAGCCCACCAGUGUUAUCAUGGUUUCAUAAAGGCUGUCCAGGAAGGAAACAUUCAGUGGGAGAGUCGGACUUACCCUUAUCCUGGAACCCCAAUCACUCAGCGGUUCUCACACAGUGCAUGCUAUUAUGAUGCUAAUCAGUCUAUGUAUGUGUUUGGAGGCUGUACCCAGAGCAGCUGCAAUGCUGCCUUCAAUGACCUCUGGAGACUUGACCUAAAUAGCAAAGAGUGGAUCCGACCUUUGGCUUCAGGGUCCUAUCCUUCCCCCAAAGCUGGAGCGACUCUGGUUGUAUACAAGGACCUGCUGGUGCUGUUUGGUGGCUGGACGCGGCCAAGCCCUUAUCCCCUACACCAACCAGAGAGAUUCUUUGAUGAAAUACAUACUUACUCACCCUCUAAAAACUGGUGGAACUGCAUUGUGACGACCCAUGGCCCACCUCCCAUGGCCGGCCAUUCCUCCUGUGUGAUAGAAGAUAAAAUGAUUGUCUUUGGUGGCUCCUUAGGAUCCCGGCAAAUGAGCAACGAUGUCUGGGUCCUUGACCUCGAGCAGUGGGCGUGGUCCAAGCCAAACAUCUCCGGCCCUAGUCCUCAUCCUCGAGGUGGCCAAUCUCAGAUUGUCAUAGAUGAUGCAACUAUCUUAAUCCUCGGAGGGUGUGGCGGUCCCAAUGCUCUGUUCAAGGAUGCUUGGUUGUUGCACAUACACUCAGGUCCCUGGGCCUGGCAGCCACUCAAGGUAGAAAAUGAAGAUCAUGGGGCUCCGGAACUGUGGUGCCAUCCAGCUUGCCGGGUGGGGCAGUGUGUUGUGGUCUUCAGUCAGGCUCCUAGUGGGAGAGCCCCACUCAGCCCCAGUUUGAACUCUCGCCCUUCACCUAUCAGUGCCACUCCCCCAGCCCUGGUUCCCGAAACCCGAGAAUAUCGCUCUCAGUCUCCAGUAAGAAGUAUGGAUGAAGCUCCUUGUGUUAAUGGCCGCUGGGGAACACUGAGGCCCAGAGCUCAAAGGCAGACUCCCUCAAGUUCUCGAGAAGGAAGCCUUUCCCCAGCCAGAGGAGAUGGCUCUCCCAUCCUCAAUGGUGGGAGUUUAUCUCCAGGAUCAGCAGCUGUAGGUGGCUCUUCCUUGGACAGCCCUGUACAGGCUAUCUCUCCUAGCACACCAUCUACCACUGAAGGAUAUGACCUAAAAAUGGGACUUUCUUUGGCCCCCCGAAGAGGGUCACUACCAGAUCAGAAAGAUCUAAGAUUAGGAUCAAUAGAUCUGAAUUGGGAUCUGAAACCUACUUCCAGUAGCAAUCAUAUGGAUGGCGUGGACAGCAGGACAGUUGGGGGAAGUAUGAGACACUCUUCUGAACAGACGAAUGGUGUGCAUACACCACCGCAUGUGGCCAGUGCCCUUGCAGGAGCCGUUUCCCCAGGUGCCCUGCGUCGGAGCCUAGAAGCCAUCAAAGCAAUGUCAUCCAAAGGCCCCCCGGCCUCUGCAGCACUGAGUCCUCCUCUGGGGUCUUCUCCAGGCUCCCCUGGGGGCCAGAACCUGAGUAGCGGAGAAACAGUGCCCGUUCCCCGUCCAGGGCCUGCCCAAGGAGAUGGACAUUCCUUACCUCCCAUUGCCCGCCGCCUGGGCCACCACCCUCCACAGUCCCUAAAUGUUGGCAAACCUUUGUACCAGAGUAUGAACUGCAAACCCAUGCAGAUGUACGUGCUGGACAUUAAAGACACCAAGGAAAAGGGGCGGGUCAAAUGGAAAGUAUUUAAUAGCAGUUCUGUGGUUGGACCUCCAGAAACCAGCCUGCAUACAGUAGUACAGGGCAGGGGUGAACUCAUCAUAUUUGGAGGACUCAUGGACAAGAAACAGAAUGUGAAGUACUAUCCAAAAACAAACGCCUUGUACUUUGUGCGAGCAAAGAGAUAAUGUGUUCUAAAUCCCUUUCCCUUCCUGUGGCUUUUAAUUUGGAAUUUUCCAGCGUGCAAGCAUUUGGACUGAGAAUUGAGAAAACAGAGGAAAAAUUACUCUCAUAAACCAAAACGCCAAUUCCCAGCCUCACUCACUCCAGGCUGGGAUCAAAUCUCCAUUAAGAAAAAAAAUUAUAUAAAUAUAUAAAUAUAUAUUAUAGAGCCAACUCUGUUUACAAAGAGGGGGAGAUCUCCGUCCUGGUUCAGAUAAAAUUGUUGCUGUGUUUUAGCAGAGGCUGUGCUGCCUUUUUCUACUUUGCUGGUAACUAGACCAAGAAUUUAGGGAACAGACUAAUACCAGAACUCUCCUAAAGACACUGAAGAGCCACCUGUAAAUCUUAUUUGGCCUUCUCGGAGUUAGAAAAAGAAAGGGUAUGUGUAAGAUGCACAGUGGAGGUUUCAGGUUCACAUGCUUCAGAUGCUGGCAGGGUACAGUAGCCUAUAGAAAACUCCGCUCCCCCCGCCCCCCAGCGAGGACCUGUGAAAAGCUCUCUCUGCUGGGAUGCCCAGUGCCAGGCCCCAUCCUGCCCUUUGUGACUGAGGAGAGUUACCCACCAAGGGCUUUUUUUUCCACAUUUGUGUGCCAGGGUCAUCAUGAAACAAUGUUUAUGGAGCAGCAGCUGUCCAUCUAGUGUCCAUUGGUCUUUGAGUGCUCCCUCCAUGUCUCAGAAAACAUUCUGGUGUCUGUGGAAUUUUCUGACAAUUGUAUUUGGUUGCAGUUGCCAAAACCCACAUUUGUUCUCUUUCCUUCCCUUAAAUCCUGAUCCUCAGAGGCUGCCUUUUCCAUUUAUAGGCUGCUUUCCUUCCUGCCUGCCUUCCAUCCUUCCUUCUGUCCCUCUGCCCCUCCACUCUCCUCCCCUCCCUCCCAUCUUUUAUGUGGGUUUUUUUAAGCCCUAAAAGCUUUUUCACUUUCUUGCCUUUUACAAAGCUUGGGUACCCAGAGAAACCUCUUAGAAAUAUUUCUGGAACCCUGUUUCUGGUGUCACUAGGGGACCAGUAAGGGAUUCUGAGAUGCCAGUAUCAUGAGAGAUCCUUAAAGCAUCAAAAGAUACUGUUUUACCUUAUGGACUUCUUUUUAUUUGCAAAGCACAUUGGACACACCCAUCCAUGUUUAUAGAACGUGGAAAUUGAUCUUGGAAGAGAAUUCCAGGAAACAAUUCCUUCUAGAAGUGAUUUUUGCCCUUGUUUGUGACAUGCAUUUUUCUGUCUGGCUGUUGACUGGUGAUUGGAUUGGGUAUCACAUGUUUGGCCUCUUUGAUGCACGACUGACCUUGGGAGCAGCUCCUUUUUUUGUGAUUGUGGUGUUCACCUGUCACCCAGACAAGGCCUGGGUUUUUACUUUCAUGUCAUUUCUGAGAUAAGGUGUAAUCAGCUAGAACAUUCCUUUGGUUGAUACAGGAAAUUACAAGAUACCAGUCUCUAAACCAUGGCCUGGACAUAGGAGAUAUUGGCACCACUUAAAUGUGGGCUUUUGAGUUAUUUCCUAUCAAUGGAAAGAGGAUUUUUAUUUUGCCUUUAGGAUUUAAAUUUCAAAACACUGCAUUUCUCAUCCCCACACUCCCCUUUUUCAUGUUAGCAUUUCCCAAGCACAAGCCUGCUACAGCUGGCCCUGAGUCCUGGCUUUCAGCCAGCUCUCAGCAGUCCGUCUGAUAAGUAUGUUUUCUCCUGUUACAUCAUGUUGAAUCCUUUCCCCUAGCUAUUCCCUUUUACAAUGCGGUCUUGGUGGGAAACCCCCCCUGGUGCCAAGCCCAAGAAAGGGCCAGCUCACAGCGAGUGUGGUAUGUGUUCCAGAAACUGCUCUGUGUGUUCCCUAAGAUGAGAAAACAACCAUGUGCCUACUUACUAUGGUGUCCAACUGCUUGUAGCUCAGCACUUAGCCUUCCAGACUCUCUGCUCUGGGCCUGUUGCCAGUCCUUCUUUGGCAAAGACUGUUAGAUCAGGCAGGGGUCCUUAUUCACAAGAGAAAGCUAGCCUAGAAGAUUAGCAGUUUUGGCAUUAUUGCUGUGGCUGAACCUUGUUUAUGACAUUGCAUUUGUGCAUGGACGGUGCCUCCAAGCUCAGUUCCUGUUUAAAUAUAAAGUUUUUGGAAGCCUGAAAGUUAAGAAUCUCAACUUUGUAAUCUUCCCCUUUGUCCUGUGGCCUUCCUAAGCUAGCUGUUAACUUGUUGAUUCCUUCUACUUUCCCCAAGUAGGCAGGCAACAGAGAUGAUGAUUCUCUUAGAAAGUAACCUGGCUCCUUGGAACUCUGUGGCAUCCCAGUAUUACCUGUACCAUUUGGAACUAGACUGUCUGUUUACAGCGCUUUAAGAACAGUUUGCCUCUUCUGCAGGUGGUGGUGUUGGUCUUGGUGGCUCCUGGGCAUUGUGGGCACACACCUUGGAGAGCGACUCAGCACAAUCAAGGUGAUUGUCUCCUUAGGCCCUUGUGAAGCCACACGUGCUGUGGAGCUUCAGGCAUCUCAGCUGAAGUGACUGUUUCCACAGCACCUUGGAUGCUUCAGUCAGAUCAGAUAUAACCACAACUCGGGUUUGACGUGAUGCCAAUUUUGUCUUAAAAUUCACUGAGGAAAUUGAGACAAAAUAUUUUUUUAAACCCUCAGGAGCACCUAAAGUAAAUAUUUAUCAGUAUUUAAGUAUUUAAAAUACAUUUUGUUUCUACUUGAAGCUUUAACCCCUUCCAUUCCUGCAAGUGUGCCUUUGAGAGCCCCCAUGUGAGAUUGACUUCACCGGCCACCUCACUGACCUCCUGAGAAUUUUAAUCUCUUCCUACCCUCUUGAACAGAGCUUCCUGUUUCCUCACUUUGCAGGCUGUACAACAGAGAGGGUUCUGUAUUUUUGCUCAUAUUUCUACCCUGCUUCUACACUUGGGUGGGGGCCUCUGGAACCCCCGACCCCCACCCCACAUUUGGGAGCACAAAUUUGGUGUCAAAACAAGCUUAAAUUUAGUUGUAAGGGCUUACUCUCCUCCCAGCCCUCUGCGGAUUGAUUUGAUUUUAAUGUUUGAGGUUGGUAUCAAGAGCUGAAACCAUGAACUAUCCUAGGAACUGUGUUGAAACUCUUUAAAGUAAAAGAAGAUGAGGAAGAAAGAAAACCAACUUAAGAAAUCUUGACUUUGGAGGACAGAAAGCCACCAGCUGAUGGAGAACAAAGGGAUGCUUCCCUUUCACUUUAAUCUCCUGGGUUUCCUUCUGCUUUUGCUGCUUUCCUUCCCCUUAAAAGUGAUAUUCCUGGUUGGUUUGUUCGUCUGUCCUUGUCCUUUCGGUGACCCUGGCACGGUGAUGUGCUCUGCUUUGCAUUAUCUGUGGUUUUUGCCAGCGCACAAGUCGGUGGGGAGGAUCUGAACACAUACAGGGGCAAGGAAGCUGAAGUUCAAGGCCUGCUCCGCCUGCAGCCUCCCCAUGAACUGCAGAAGGCAUGAUCUGCAUGGUCGCCAGUAAGUGGCUCCCUCUCACCACGUUCCUUGUCAAAUGCGAGCAACCCUUAGGCAUUGGCUCCACUGUACUCUUUCCUCGCUCUGCUCCCCUCCCACCAACCAGGGUUCAUGUCAGUGCACACCAGUCGUGCCCUGGCGAAGCCGGUGCUGUGAGUGAUGUUUCCCAUACAACUCAGGGGUCCUGGGUGGCUUACCCUGAGAUGAUCAUUUUAGGCACAUAACAGUGUAGGAAUGAAAAGUGGAUUUGAUUUCAUUGGUAUUUAAAUCUCUGUCGAUUUUAUUUUUUGUUAAUGUUUUCCCCCGAUGACUUUUUAGCAGUUUAACAAAUAAAAAGAAAUGGACAGAA